GGUACCUCAAGCUAAUCCUGCUGGUUUUCCUCGCAUGGUAGGACUCUUACGGUUCUCGUACUUUCUAAGUCACUUUCGUUCUCAAUCUCACACCUUGAUGUAGGUUUAUCCCCAUACCUAACAUUUUUGCGCCUUCCUCCUUGACGAUAGCGAUUGCAAAAAUACAACCUCCACCUGUACACCACAUGCAGGUCCCUUUACCUGGAUUCGAGAGACUUGCUUUUAGCAACUUAGCGACAUAUUGGCCAAGGUUGGAAAGUAUUGGGCUUUUCAAUCUCGAAUACGAUGGGGCGAAACAAGAAGUGCAGCGAGUCGUGACGCAGACAGCAGCGGCAGGAGAAGUUCUUCCCAUAACGCCUCCGACUAUAAAUGCGUCAUGGCAAGUGUCUUUCGAAGGGCCUCACUUAAGCAGAGCCCCAAGAACAUGCUUAUCCUCCAAUCGACUGGAUGUUUUCGUACAUCGCAUGGUUUGGUAACCGUGGGAAAAUGCAACCUUUGAAUGCCUCAAUUAGUCGG